CAGCUUCUCGGCUGAGGGAGACAAAGCUGGCGGGAGGGAGUGCCUCACACUGGGGUCUCCAAAAACGUUAUCAACUGUGCCUCUUUUCUCCAUAAAACAUCUUUCACUCAGUGGCUAAUGAAUGAUGGGCUUGUGUGGUAUAUAUGUGUACUAUUAUACUAAUUAUUAGCUCGAUUUCUUAUCGCAAAACAGACAAAAAGGCAGGGGUUUUUCUUACCAUACCUUGAUGGACUGUAUUGCUCCCUGGCCUCUGGGGGCCCCCUUCCCUGGGCUUUCUGCCGAGCUCUCCCACCGUGAACCCUGCUCUGGUCUUGCCCAUCAGCCCGCUCCUUGCAUGAAGGUGUUCUCUCUAGUUCCUCUGUUUCGGACAUUGUCUGCUCGCCCCAGAACCCUGUCCGUGCUCACAAGCAGGUCGCAAGACCGCCAUCUGGGCACGCUGCUCCCCUGGGCCCGGGUGCCCUCCCCGGUAUGCUCGGAUGAUAGAGAACCCACUUUCUGGGCUUAGAGUGCAAAUUAAAUAAUGGGGGUACGCGUGGAGAACCACGCAAGGCCUACGCUACUGGAGCCGCGAAUGCCGCCCGCUGCGCAUGGAUCAGCUGAGGUCACUCGCGAGGACCUGCACAGCCGCUCCGCGGCGGUUUCCGAGGCCCCGCCCCCAGCCCUCGGCCCUUUAUGACGUCCAGGCACGUCUCCUUUGUGCUUCGCCUCUGACCCCGCGCCCGGCGCUCCCUGUGACUGUGGCCCGUUAGAGGACGCUUGGGUCGAGAAGCUCCGGCGAAGCUUCGGGACCAUGAGGAAGCUAGCUGCUCGUUUCCUUCCCUCCCUCCUCAAGGUACUGCUGCUGCCUCUGGCACCUGCUCCAGCCCAGGACUCGACCUCAGCCUCCACCCCAGGCAGCCCUCUUUCUCCCACCGAAUAUGAACGCUUCUUUGCGCUGCUGACCCCAACCUGGAAGGCAGAAACCACCUGCCGUCUCCGAGCAACCCAUGGCUGCCGGAAUCCCACACUCGUCCAGCUGGACCAGUAUGAAAACCACGGCUUGGUGCCUGACGGCGCCGUCUGCUCUGACCUCCCUUACGCCUCCUGGUUUGAGUCGUUCUGCCAGUUCACUCAGUACCGGUGCUCCAACCACGUCUACUAUGCCAAGAGGGUCCGGUGCUCCCAGCCAGUGUCCAUCCUCUCGCCUAGCAGUCUCAAGGAAGUAGAAUCUUCAGCUGAGGUCCCACCCACCACCGUGGCCUCCUCCCUUGCAUCCCACAUCACAGCCACGGAGCGCCAGGCCUUCCAGCCCUGGCCUGAGCGACUCAGCAACAACGUGGAGGAGCUGCUGCAGUCUUCCUUGUCCCUGGGGGGCCAGGAGCAAGCGCCUGAUCACAAGCAGGACCAAGGGCAGGAGCAGCACAAGCAGGGGCAAGGACAAGAACACAAGCAGGAGGAAGCGCAGGAGGAGGAAGAACAGGAGGAACAAGAGGAGGAGGGGAAGCAGGAAGAGGGGCAGGGCACCGAGGAGGGCCUGGGGGCCGCGUCCAGCCUGCAGACAGACCCGGACACGGCUUUGUCCUCCAACCCGCCCUCCCUCCCUCCCCGCGUGCGGGAAGUGGAGUCGACUCCCAUGAUGAUGGAGAACAUCCAGCAGCUCAUCCGGUCAGCCCAGGAAAUGGAUGAAAUGAAUGAAAUGUACGAUGAAGACAGCUACUGGAGGAGCCAGAACUCCGGGAGCCUCCUGCAGCUGCCGCACACGGAGGCGUUGCUGGUGCUGUGCUACUCAAUUGUGGAGAACAACUGCAUCAUAACCCCCACAGCCAAGGUCUGGAAGUACAUCGAGGAUGAGGUCCUCGGGUUCGGGAAGCCGGUCUGUGACAGCCUUGGCCGGCGCCACACGUCCACCUGUCCGCUCUGCGACUUCUGCUCCCUGAAAUUGGAGCAGUGCCACUCAGAGGUCAACCUGCAGCGGCAGCAGUGUGACAACUCCCACAAGACGGCCUUCGUCAGCCCCCUGCUCACAGCACAGAGCGUGUCCGUGGGCACCCAGGUCGGGGCCACGGAAAGAGGCCGCUUUUAUGGGCUGGAGCUGUACGGCGGGCUGCGCAUGGACUUCUGGUGCGCCCGGCUGGCCACAAAGGGCUGCGAGGACAGUCGAGUCUCUGGUUGGCUCCAGACCGAGUUCCUCAGCUUCCAGGACGGCGAUUACCCCACCAAGGUUUGCGACACAGACUACAUCCAGUAUCCAAACUACUGCUCCUUCAAAAGCCAGCAGUGCCUGAUGAGAAACCGGAACAGGAAGGUGUCCCGCAUGAGGUGCCUGCAGAACGAGACCUACAGUGUGCUGACCCUGGGUAAGAGUGAGGACGUGGUGCUUCGCUGGAGCCAGGAGUUCAGCACCUUGACCCUGGGCCAAUUUGGAUGAGCUGCAGUCUGUGCUGUGGCCCCCCACCCCAGCCUGACCUCUCCACGUUCUCCAUCGCUUUGAGACCCCAUCUGUCAGCUUGCUUCCAGGCUGCCUGUUAGGGUCUCUUACUUACCUCACUACCUACCCUUACUCACAUUUUCCUUGGGUUGGGGCAGCAGUUCCCAGAGAGGCCUGUGAGGGGCGCUCUACACCCCCCCCCCAACCCCCCCCCCCCCGCCCCAAAGAGCUAUCUUUCCAUAAAGUAUUUCUUUUAAGCUGG